AUGGAAGACUCAACCGUUGACGCGGCUGCCCGCCCGCUUCGCAUCGCCGCCGUCGUGUCCUUCGUCCCGUCCUUCGCUCUCUGCAUCGCCCACGGCGUCUUGUCGCAUAAUCCCGUUCCGGCUGUUGGCCUGGUGCCUCAAGCCGUGUCUGUCGCCACCUCGAUUGCGCUCCUUCGCACCGCAGGCCACAGGCAGGAGGCUGAUGUCGAGUCCAUCGAAUCUGAAGGCCGCAGCGGCAUUUCUAUCCGCGCCGUCCUCACUCAUCCCAUCGUUGUUUUCAUUCACGACGUCGUACUUGCUGCUGCUCUCAUGAUCGUUCUCGUCUUCACAUGGACCCAUCACGGCCGUUCGGCUUCACUAAGUAUGCUUGCUGCUUAUGCUACGCUGCCUAUUCUGACAAGCUUCUUCUGCCAUGUCUUUGCAGCGGCCCACGCCGUCUAUCAAGGGUUCGCUAUUCACGGCCUCUUACAGUGGGUUGCCUGGCAAAUUCUUCCUCCAAAUUGUCCAAACUGCGAGCACCACCUGCGGCCUUCCUCACUGCCCGAGAUCCCUUGGUUCCAGAGCGUUAAGAGUUUGAACUUGGGUCUAAGAUUUCCGUGGCGUCGUAGUGAUGCACCCUUGCUCGCCCCCUUGCUGGCAGAAGACGAUCCUGAGCGCUACCGCGACGACCCUGAAGACGACGUGACUCCGCUGCAGCCAGAGGCAGUUGAGGUGCGAUCAAAGAGGAACCGUAAGAACAACGCCACUCCCGCACCAUCCAACGAAGCCUUAGGCCCCGUCCUAACGACAGGCGACGUGUUCGACAACAGUAACUAA